AGUAAGAGGAAAAGUGGAAGUAAUUCACCAACCACUCUUGUCCCUACUGCUGAGACGCAGCAGUGAUGCGGAGGUGACGUGGUGUUUGUGCCGGGUCACGUGGUCGACGCGCCUCCCCCCCGGACUGGUUGAAACCGACAGAAAGCAGCUGAGGUUCAGCUGCAGGACCUGCAGGGAGAGACUCGAACCUCGGACCUGCACAGUGAGAGGUUAACGCACACCCAGCUGCGCGGACUUCACCCCGGGAUGUCCGCUGUCUGUGUACUGAGAACUCGCCGCGUCCUCCGGCAGGUCUUCCCCGGCCUACCCGCCGCCAUGCAGAGACACUACAGCCUGGAUGUCACCGCUCCCCUGCUCCGGACGCAGGGCUACGUGGACGGCCGCUGGGUCUCCGCAGCCUCGGUGUUCCCCGUUCUGGACCCGGCCACCGGGCAGGAGAUAGUCCGGGUGACAGACUGUGGCCCGGCUGAGGCCAAGCAGGCUGUGGACGCUGCGUACAAGGCGUUUCACUCCUGGAAGCAGUACACGGCUAAGGAGAGAAGCGUCCUGUUGAGGAAAUGGUUCGACCUGCUGACGCUGCACAAAGAAGACCUGGCUAAACUGAUCACGUUCGAAUGUGGCAAACCCAUGCGGGAGUCCCUCGGGGAGAUCGCCUACUCGGCCUCCUUCCUGGAGUGGUUUUCGGAGGAGGCGCGGCGAGUUUAUGGCGACGUGGUCCCCUCGCCCGCCAAAGACAGAAAGAUCCUCCUCCUCAAGCAGCCGGUGGGGGUCGCCUCCAUCAUCACGCCGUGGAACUUCCCCAGCGCCAUGAUCACCAGGAAGGUGGGGGCUGCUCUGGCCGCCGGCUGCACGGUGGUGGUCAAGCCCGCGGAGGACACGCCGCUGUCGGCGCUGGCUCUGGCUGAGCUGGCAGAGCAGGCGGGGAUCCCGGCCGGGGUGUUUAACGUGGUUCCUUGCUCCAGAGAGAAGACUCCAUCAGUCGGCGAGGUCCUCUGCACCGACCCCCUGGUGGCCAAAAUCUCCUUCACCGGCUCCACUGCCACCGGCAAGGUGCUGCUGAAACUGGCCGCCGACACCGUGAAGAAGGCGUCCAUGGAGCUGGGUGGCCACGCCCCCUUCAUCGUGUUCGACAGCGCUGAUGUCGACAAGGCGGUGGGCGGAGCCAUGGCCUCCAAGUUCAGGAACUCCGGACAGACGUGUGUGUGUUCGAACCGGUUUCUGGUUCAGAGCGGUAUCUACGAUCGCUUCGUGGAGAAGCUGGGCCGAGCGAUGGACGCCGAGCUCCGCCUGGGUCACGGCUCAGAGCCCGACACCACCCAGGGCCCGCUCAUCAACACCAGAGCUGCAGAGAAGGUGGUCCACCAGAUAUCGGACGCCGUGUCCCAGGGAGCGAAGGUGCUGAAGGGAGGGAAGCGUCUGGACGGGUCCUUCAUGCAGCCGACCCUCCUGGCCGACGUCACCACUGACAUGCUUUGUACGAAAGAGGAAACCUUCGGCCCGCUGCUGCCCAUCAUCAGGUUUAACACAGAAGACGAGGCUCUGGCCAUUGCUAACGCAUCCAAUGUUGGGCUGGCAGGCUAUUUUUACUCACAGGAUGUGAGUCAGGUCUGGCGGGUGGCGGAGGCGUUGGAGGUGGGGAUAGUUGGAGUGAAUGAGGGUCUGCUGUCCACCCCAGAGGCCACCUUCGGCGGGGUCAAACAGUCCGGUUUGGGCCGCGAGGGCUCCAAGUACGGCAUCGAAGAGUAUCUGGAAAUCAAGUACAUGUGCUUCGGAGGCCUCAAACCCUGAACCGGGACGGAGCAAUGCCCCCGUCCUGCGGUACUACACUCGUAUACAUGCAGUCGUCACUAAAGUGGAUAUAACUUUCGGUUCAGGUUGUAAUUGAUUGAUUUUUAAUGUUAACGCCUCCGAAGUCACUAAAUAACUCUUAAAUUAGAGAAGAGUAAAGGUCAAAGGUUUCACCGUGACCACCCAGGUUGGUAAUAACAUACCUAACAUCUACGGUACAACAGGGGUCUCUAAUGCUGCUAAUUAAAAAUUAAACUGACUAUGCGGGAAUCAGCUCCUUUCACAGAUCAUUAGUUUUUAUUGUCACACUGGUUCAGUUCGUAGGCACAGUAGUAAAAUUUACCAUCAUCCAGAGCUCGUGGAUGAUUCUUGUUAGAUGUUGUGUCAGGAAGUGAAACAGCUUCCUCUUAUUUUCCUCAAAUGUUGCCUUUUCCUGAGAAACUGUUCAUAUGUAGAAAAGAGAAAAAUAAAAAACCCAUUUCAGGCAAUAAUGAUCUCAGUGUUAGACAAAAACAGUCUUACUGAUGCAGUCCAAGUCUUUAAUGGUUACUGAAACAAGUUCAACCAAACAUGACAUUCACAUCACACGAAGUUUGAUCCAAAUAUUUUUUAUGAAAUGCAAAACACACUUAUCAGCAUUAGGUUUUGAUCUGGGUGAGUACUCACUUCUGAUUGGCUAGAUGUUGUUAUACCAUGGUCACUAUCCACCAACCACAAUAUUGUUCAUUCACAUUAUUAUUUUUUGACAAUACACUUCAACAGUGUAUUGUCAAAAAAUAAUAGUUUUACAAACUGACCACCUGAGAACAAAUGUUAUUUCAGUACUCGAACCAGUAGGAUGCCCCUCCCACCACGGUUACUGUUGCUAUGCCUGUCAAGCUUUGCACUCUAGAGCUGCACCUGUGCUGGUUACCGUGGUGACGGUUUCAGAGUUACCGUCAAAACUCGUGGAAAUACCUGAAACAGCGAGUCUUCUGCACAACGAGCAGCUUUUCAUUUCCAACCUCUGACUGUGAAUUUGGCCAAAAUGCCAACUGUAGCUAGCUAGCUAGUUAACGUUAGCUUCGUAAGUUGACAGGAAGCUCCAGCGAACCAGUUCAUGUUUCCGGCCCAUUUGAACGAAAAUGAGAAAUUAGCGCCGUAUAAUGACCCUGAAAAGAUGAAGCUACAUGUAGCAUAACUUGAAUAGCUGUUAAAGCUAGUUAACAUUGACUUACAAUAAUCUGCUAUAAUAGCAAAAUGUUGUCUUCCAAACCAAUUAUUCAGAUGUUUGCUGAUUAAAUACGUAAAUUCCUUGGACAAACAAAACAAAAAAAAUUAGAUUUAUGCUUUUAUUGUUCACAUUUAAUAAGCAGUAUUUUUUAACUUUCUCAAAUUUUUUUGUCUUGUAAAUGAUGAGUAAGACAAAGGUGUCUCUAGCAAUUUUGCCAAAAUUCAAUAAAGACCCGGACAGAGCCACUAACUUUAACCCAAACUCUGAUAUAGUAUCAUCCAGGACCCUCUCCCACGCGGUGGCUGUUAGAAAACACUAGAAAAAAAAUCCUCGUUCAGGACUAAAACCCCACAAAAUGAUGUGGUUUAGCUAAUAAAUAUCCCACUGUCAUUACUGUAAGGUAAUAAGCUAGUUAGCCAGGCAUGCUAGCGUUAGCAGCUUACAUUAGAGCAGACUAACACACUGUUAAAGCCGUUCACAUUACACGUUUGCUCUUUUGUCUUAGGUUGUCGGAAAGACGAUUAAAAAGGCGUGAAUUUCCAAAGCUCGGCGCGCCUGCUGUGCCUAGUUACAGUUGCUAAGCUACAGUAUGACUGGGCAGUGACCGUCUAGGGGAGGAGCUUAGCCAACCGUCAGUUAAGGACGUUGGUGAAUGUGUGUAAUCAGGUCAACGUUCCAGCAAAUCAGCAUCUAGUAUUCUGUCACCAUGGUAAAAAAAAAAGAAACCUUACUGAAACAUCUGAUUUAAAAAUUUGUGUUUUUCCCCACAAAUUCACACGGAAAAGAAGCUGCAAAUUUACUGUGAUUAAAAACGCACAAAACCUUAAACCAGAUUUUUGUAAAUUCAUUGCGUUUGUACUGCGACAUCCUGAUGUCCUGUAGUAGGCCUGUUAUUUUUUAACGAUUAAAAUACUACUUACAUAAAUUGAACAAAUAGGAACACGUUCAAAUUGGAUCUUAACAUCACAAUUAGACCAUUUUUAAUAAUGUAAGGCAUAUGCCAUUUAUACAAAACUAACCAGCGUAUUAGUUGUGUGUGUGUGUGUGUGGAACAUUUUAGGAGUCUUUCCAUACGUGUAUAUACCUGUUAAACGUGUUCAUGGAUACAUGGCCCAAUGUGAAUGUCAGGAGAAACAGGUUUGAACAUGUCUGCAUGCACCUCAUUUUUUGGCAAGUAAUAAAUGUCAGCGUAUUUCUGUAUAGAGAUGAGGAAUAAAUACUAUUAAAAGAUGUCAUUCAUUAUUGUAA